AAAUAUCGUGAAAUACCCCCCGACUGCCACCGACCGCUGCUGCUGCUGCAGCUGAACAGCAAUUGUACCAGCCCACAGGCACCUUACCACCACAUUUCAGGCUAUUUCUUCAGAUUCCUCGCUCGUCGGAUACUACCCGUGCACUGCAAAUGCAAGCCAUUAAGUGUGUCGUUGUCGGCGACGGCGCCGUGGGUAAGACAUGCCUGCUCAUCAGCUACACCACUAAUGCCUUCCCAGGAGAGUAUAUUCCCACAGUAUUUGACAACUACUCUGCCAAUGUUAUGGUGGAUGGCAAACCUGUCAACUUAGGCCUCUGGGAUACAGCAGGACAGGAGGACUAUGAUCGCCUUAGACCACUCUCCUAUCCCCAAACGGAUGUGUUUUUAAUUUGCUUCUCACUGGUGAGCCCUGCUUCCUUUGAGAAUGUAAGAGCAAAGUGGUAUCCUGAGGUUCGCCAUCACUGUCCAAAUACCCCCAUCAUACUUGUGGGCACUAAACUUGAUCUGCGAGAUGACAAAGACACGAUUGAACGUCUGCGGGAUAAGAAGCUAGCUCCCAUCACUUAUCCGCAAGGGCUUGCUAUGGCUAGAGAGAUUGGUGCUGUGAAGUAUCUGGAGUGCUCUGCUCUUACUCAGCGGGGUUUAAAAACCGUGUUUGAUGAGGCCAUCCGUGCUGUUUUGUGUCCACCACCUGUAAAGAAACGGGGCAAGAAGUGUACUGUAUUUUGAGGAACACGCAACUCAUUUCUUCAUCGAAAUGCCGUGUAAACAGCAGGCUCUUGCUCUUCAGCUACGCUGUUUUCAACAGAUAAAUCCAACUUGUGAGGUGACAAACAGCAGAGACAUCCAUUUCCAUGGUAUGUCUGGUGUAACAGAUAUAUCGACAUAAAUAUGCCAAAUUUGCUUUGUUUUUAUUAAACUUUGCCUUAAAUUGUUGGUUUAACGUGAAAACUUAUUGAAAGAGAAUGACGUCAAGAUAAAUAAUUAGCUACUAAAGAAACAGCAUAGCUAACGGUAAAGUUCUUUGCCCUGUUGCAACAAAUGUUACAUUUUUCAGAGCUUAUUGUGUGGAAAUCGUGGCUAUUCAUAUUUAUCUGCACAUAAUCUUCCCUUUUUGGGAUCUGUGAAUGUGGCAGAAGAUUGUGUAAAUACAUAUUUUGAAUAGCUUUUGCGAAUUAAAUGUGUGGCCAUAGUCAACUCUCCCACUUGAGGGGUGACCGUAAAUCAUUUUUAAGUAUUUUACUUUUUUUUUUUUGCCUGUUAAACAUUUCAUACUGUACCUGUGUUUUAAUGUGACUACUGUAUGUGAUGAUUUGUCCAGCAAUGACAGAAAUAUUACACAGCAAAAUAUUUGUUUGCUUAUACAAUUCUAUUAGAUACUAUAAACAAAAAUAAUACUAUAUAAAAUAAGCUGUAAUCACAAUUGGCUGUAAUGUUUAAUGGACAUACUGCAGCUUAUAAUGAAAAUCAUUUUGUGCAGAUUGUACAUCUUUUUUUUUGUUAGUUUGUUUUUGCUAAACAUUUUCCUAUACAUUUUGAUAUGUUGAAACAUGAUGAAAUGUGCCAUUACUGAUUUUUGUGCAGGGCUAACAAAUUGUUUUAACACUUGUGAGUGUUCAAAUGUUCUUUUACCUUUUAACGACUAAUAUUUCAAUAUUUAAGAGAUGAAGAUGUGUGUAUGUGUGCCAAGUGAGCAUUUAUGGUUUGUAAGUAUGCAUUUGCAUCAAGCAUUUUUGAGUUUGUUGAACUAAUGACUGAAAAUUAAAGAACUGGCACAUACAUAA